CUUCAAGCAAUGAAAAGGUUGUUGAUUGUAACGAUAUUAGUGUGCUUCCUUCAAAAGUCACAUGCUGACUACUACACAACACUUGGUGUGAAACGAGAUGCCACAACGAAGGAGAUCAGAUCUGCGUUCAAGAAAUUAGCGCUAUCCAGUCAUCCUGACAAAAACAAGAAUGAUCCAGAAUCUGAAACUAAGUUCAUGGCUAUCAAUGAAGCCUAUGAAGUGUUAAAAGACGAAGGAACAAGAAGAAAAUAUGAUUUGUACGGAGAAGAAGGUUUGAAGGAGGACAACAAGCGACAGCAACAAAGAGAGAGACACAGUUAUCAGUACUACGAGGACUUUGAUAUAUACGGUGACGAUACGGAGAUAAUAACGUUGAGUUCAGGCGACUUUGCCACCUCGGUCGAUAACCGGGGGGAGAAUGUGUGGUUUAUUAACUUUUACUCUCCCCGCUGCUCCCACUGCCACGAGCUGGCCCCUGCUUGGCGAGCACUGGCUAAGGAGCUGGAAGGAGUGGUACGUAUAGGGGCUGUGAACUGUGCGGAUGCCAGAGAUCUGUGUCACCAUCUGAGGGGUUACCCAUCUCUUUAUCUCUACCGGCCUAGUGGAAGAGAACAAUACAACGGUGAGCGAGACAUGGAGUCCAUGAUGAGCUACGUGAUGGACAGUCUGCCUCCUUCUCCUGUUAUAGCACUGUUUGAACCUUCCUUCAAGAAGGCUGUAUCAGAGAUUGAGCGUCCCUGGGUUGUUAGUUUCUGCUACAAGAACGACGAUUGUCCGUCCCGCUCAUCUCUAGACAGAGUAUCCAUCUCCCUUAAAAACAUGGUCUAUGUUGGGUACGUGUCAUGUGACGAGAAUCUUAAGAUAUGUGACUUACUUCCCAUAGAAUCUUCUGGAUUACUCUUCAUUCAGGGAGCUAAACCUACCAUGAGCCUUGCUACUAUUCUUAAAGAUGCUGUGAAAAUCGACACGUUGGUUACGCAAGAGAUUGUUUUCACUGUGCUCAAAAAUCUGCCGGAGCCUGACCUUAUCACUGAAGAUGAUUUUGAUACGUUGCACGAUAAAGCUAUGGCAGCUGACAUAGAUCCACAGAUAGUUAUAUUUAGUAAAAGUGGUGUCCCUCUGGAGUUCAUCAAACUGGGAGGUCAACUCAAGGACCAAAAGCCAUAUCAAGUAGACUGUAAUACAUACUCCAAACUAUGUGGUGACAUGUUUGUCACUAGAUAUCCUACUCUCUUUGUACUGAAAGACGGAGGAUACGAACGAUACCAUGGAAGACAAGACGCAGCAGACAUGGCCAUCUUCAUCAGAGAAGCAAUGUUAUCCCCUCUAAUCGAGCUAACUCCUGCUCACUUCCCUCACAUUACAGAAACUACUUCGCUGGUUGACUUCUUCGCGCCCUGGUGCCCACCAUGUAUGCGGUUGUUACCUGAAGUCCGCAAAGCUGCACGAGAUAUGCCUAAAGUGGUGUUUGGCAGUGUGGAUUGUGCUGCACAUUCUCAACUUUGUCAAAGGAUGUCUGUAAGCAGUUACCCCACAACAGUAAUGUACAACUCCAGUAAACCACACACCACCUCCGGAUACAAGAACAAGGAGGAAAUAUUACAAUUUAUAGAAGAUGUGCUCAAUCCUCCGGUCAUACAGCUGGACUACGAACAAUGGAUUAUCAAAAUAAACAACAAGAAAGCUGAUGAGGUUUGGUUUGUGGACUACUACGCACCGUGGUGUGGACCCUGUAAACAACUAGCACCUACCUGGAACAAGUUCUCUAAAUCUCUAGACCACUUCGAGAAUGUGUUUGUUGCUAAAGUUGACUGCACUGUUGAAACUCAGGUGUGUAAACUAGAAGGUAUAAGAGGAUAUCCAGCAGUUAAAGUAUAUGGAGCUGGGAGUAAGGGUCGGGGAAAGUUCACUCAGUACAAGGGAUGGGGUCAACUAAACGACUUGCAGGGCUGGGCCAUGCCUCAUCUACCUUCUGAUGUGGAAACGUUGGUUCCAAAGAACUUUGUAGAUAAAGUACUCAAGUCCAAAAGUCCUUGGCUAGUGGAGUUCUAUACGCCUAAAUGCGGACCGUGCCAAAGAUUUGCUGGUGAGAUGGAGAAGUUAGCUGGUAAACUAAAAGAGAGGCUAGGUAUUGGUAAAGUAGACUGUAACCAGCACUAUAACCUGUGCUAUCAAGCUAAACUUAACGGCUUCCCUACACUCUACUUUUACCCCGGAGGCACUGGACAACCUCAGGAUAUAAAAGGAGUUGAUAUUGAGACUAGCACAGCAGAUCAGAUCCACAACCACCUGGUCAGACACUACCCCUUCCUUAAUACACCUCACCGUAGGGACGAACUUUAGCAGAUAUAAUCUAGCAACAUUUAAUAUUCAGAUGAGAGUGAGAUGAGAGUGGGUUUUUGGUGUCUAUGGUUCGAUAUAUUAUCAUAUUCUGAACCGAGCCUGAUAUAAUGAAUGGUUCCACUUGUGGUAAAAAAGAAUAUGUUAGUAAUAAUAAUAUGACCGGUUUAGCACAAGAUAUUGCUAGAUAUUGCUAGAUAUGACAUAACCACUGGAUAUUUUAAACUUGGGUUUGCUGAAUGUUAAUUCAACGGUAAAUAAUCGGUUGCCGAAUUUUUACUAUCUUUUUAUUAUUGUAAUUUGAAAUUAUUUAUUAUCAGUUACUCAUUUAGGUGCAAUUUACGCUGCAAAUCGAUUUCAUCAUUGUUGUACGUUAUAACAUCAACCCGUUUGACUUAUAAUUUUCUCCAACUA